AUGCAACAGUACAGAGCUCAACGGCGGUCGAGCGAGAUCCGUGACUGUGACGACGGCGUACCAGUACCGGAACGGCCUCCACUAGCACGGGUGCAGGUGGCGAUCGACGAGUGCUUCUGCGAGCGCUUCUGCAACUGCUACUGCCAGUGCAACUGCUAA